CUGUGUUUGUGUUUGUUUGCAGGUCUGUAUGGUGUCAGGAGCACUGAGCUGUGACAAAAACAGCUCACCACAAGAGCGUCUGAGCUCAGCAGGGAGAACCUCCAUAUCUACAUCCAGGUCAACCUCAGACGUCAUGUGGAUCAGAUGCCUGCUCUUCGUCUCCACCCUGUUUGCUCCCAUAGCAUUAGUCUCCGGCCGUGCCCCCAUCCCCAUGGCGGUGGUGCGCCGGGAGCUGUCCUGCGAGUCCUACCCGAUUGAGCUGCGCUGCCCGGGGACCGAUGUCAUCAUGAUAGAGAGCGCCAACUACGGCCGCACCGACGACAAGAUCUGCGACUCGGACCCCGCCCAGAUGGAGAACACGCGGUGCUACCUCCCUGACGCCUACAAGAUCAUGUCACUCAGAUGCAACAACCGUACCCAGUGUGCAGUGGUGGCUGGGCCUGACGUCUUCCCUGACCCCUGCCCGGGCACUUACAAAUACCUGGAAGUCCAAUACGAGUGUGUCCCAUACAAAGUCGAACAAAAAGUUUUUCUGUGCCCCGGCAUUCUGCGCGGGGUCUACCAAAGCGAGCAUCUCUUCGAGUCGGACCACCAGUCGGGCGCUUGGUGCAAAGACCCUCUGCAGGCCUCGGACAAGAUCUACUACAUGCCGUGGACGCCGUACCGCACGGACACGCUGACAGAGUACUCGUCCAAGGAGGAUUUCAUCGCGGGGCGUCCCACCACCACCUACAAGCUCCCGCACCGCGUGGACGGGACCGGUUUCGUGGUCUACGACGGCGCGCUCUUCUUCAACAAGGAGCGCACGCGCAACAUCGUGAAGUUCGACCUGCGCACGCGCAUCAAGAGCGGCGAGGCCAUCAUCGCCAACGCCAACUACCACGACACCUCGCCGUACCGCUGGGGGGGCAAGUCGGACAUCGACCUGGCGGUGGACGAGAACGGCCUGUGGGUGAUCUACGCCACGGAGCAGAACAACGGGCGCAUCGUGGUGAGCCAGCUCAACCCGUACACGCUGCGCAUCGAGGGCUCGUCGGACACCAGCUACGACAAGCGCUCGGCCUCCAACGCCUUCAUGAUCUGCGGCGUCCUGUACGUGGUCAAAACCGUCUACGAGGACGACGACAACGAAGGGACAGGGAACAAAAUCGACUACAUGUACAACACGGACAAGGGCAAGGAGAUGACGGUGAACAUACCCUUCCCCAACUCGUACCAGUACAUCGCUGCAGUGGAUUACAACCCGAGAGACAACCUGCUGUACGUGUGGAAUAACUACCACGUGGUCAAGUACUCGCUGGACUUCGGCAACAAUGACUAUCGCCCACCUCCCAUGUUGCCUCCCAGCCGAGGAGGAGGAGGAGGAGGAGGAGGAGGAGGAAGUGUAGGAGGAGGAGGAGGCUCAAUCGGCGGCGGCGGUUCCUCCUCUUCAUCCACCAGCCGCACCACCACCACUCGUUCACCUCCCUACUACACCACCCCGCGGCCCCUCCUCACCACCUCCCCCGGCCAGCGCUAUCGAACCACCACCACGGUCCGCCAGCCCGUCCCGAAUCCCGCCGGGGGCUCGUCAUCCGACACCAACCAGAUCCCCGACACCAACCAGAAAGCCGGAGGUCGCUCUCCUCCGGUUCAGGUCCCUCCGGCCGCCGCUCCUCAGCCUCCUGUCCCGCCCCCACAAGACUUCUGCAAUCCGAGGGUGACGGCGGACAUAUCAUGGCCCCGGACGCAGCAAGGCCAGACAGCCAAGCAGCCGUGCCCUGUGGGGACGCUGGGCGUGGCCACAUACGUGUGCGCGGCCCACGUGGGCUACUGGAAUCCCAAAGGCCCCGACCUCAGCAACUGCACGUCACCAUGGGUCAACCACAUCAUGCAGAAACUCCGCUCGGGUGAAACAGCGGCGAUCGUGGCUCGGGAGCUGGCAGAGCAGACCAAAGGGCUUCUGCGUCCGGGUGACGUGCCGUCCACGGUGCGUGCUAUGGCACAGCUCGUGGAGCUUCUGGAUGUACAGCUGAGGAACCUCACCCCGGGGGGCAAGGACAGCGCAGCCCGCAGCCUCACGAAGCUUCAGAAGAGAGAGAGGUCCUGCAGGUUUUUCACACAGGCUAUGGUGGAGACUGUGAAUAAUUUGCUGCAGCCGCGAGCCCAAGCGGCCUGGAGAGAGCUGCCCACCAGCGAGCAGCUGCACUCGGCCACUCUGCUCCUCGACACCGUGGAAACCGGCGCUUUUAUGCUUGCCGACAACCUCCUCAAGACGGACACUGUGCAGGAGACCACUGACAACAUCCAGCUGGAAGUGGCCAGGCUCAGCACGGAUGGGAACCUGGCCGACCUGACAUUCCCUCAGUCAGAACUACACGGAAACUCCAUCCAGCUGUCAGCCAGCACUCUCAAACAGCACGGCAGAAACGGUGAGAUCAGGAUGGCCUUUGUCCUGUACAGGAACUUGGGUUCCUACCUGUCCACAGAGAACGCCAGCGUCAGACUGAGCAGCGAGGCGGUCUACCCUAAUUACUCUGUGAUCGUCAACUCCCCUGUCAUCACGGCGUCCAUUAACAAAGAGAGCAAUAAGGUGUACCUGUCUGAACCCGUGGUCUUCACUGUCAAACACCUGCAGCAUUCGGAAGAGAACUUCAAUCCCAACUGUUCGUUCUGGAGCUACUCCAAGCGCACCAUGACGGGAUUCUGGUCGACGCAGGACUGCCGUCUCCUGGCGACCAAUCGCACGCACACCAGCUGCUCCUGCACGCACCUCACCAGCUUCGCGGUGCUCAUGGCCCACGUGGAGGUCAAGAAGGCAGACAGCAUGCACGACCUGCUCCUCGAUGUAAUCACAUGGGUGGGGAUCCUGCUGUCGCUGGUCUGCCUCCUUAUCUGCAUCUUCACCUUCUGCUUCUUCCGUGGACUGCAGAGUGACCGCAACACCAUCCACAAGAACCUCUGUAUCAGCCUCUUCAUCGCUGAGUCACUCUUCCUGGUCGGGAUCAACAGGGCCGAUCAGCCGAUUGCCUGUGCCGUCUUCGCGGCCUUGCUCCAUUUCUUCUUCUUGGCAGCGUUCACCUGGAUGUUCCUGGAAGGCGUGCAGCUCUACAUCAUGCUGGUGGAGGUGUUUGAGAGCGAACACUCCAGGACUAAGUACUUCUACCUGGCGGGAUACGGAGUGCCGGCUGUCAUAGUGGCCGUCUCCGCCGCAGUGGACUACAGGAGCUACGGCACCGACCGAGUGUGCUGGCUGCGUUUGGACACCUACUUCAUCUGGAGCUUUAUAGGCCCGGCAACGCUCAUCAUUAUGCUGAAUGUCAUCUUCCUCGGCAUCGCUCUUUAUAAGAUGUUCCAUCACACGGCCAUCCUCAAACCAGACUCUGGAUGUCUGGACAACAUCAAGUCUUGGGUGAUCGGUGCCAUAGCCCUGCUGUGUCUGCUCGGUCUGACCUGGGCGUUCGGGCUGAUGUACAUCAACGAGAGCACCGUCAUCAUGGCCUACCUCUUCACCAUCUUCAACUCUCUGCAGGGCAUGUUCAUCUUCAUCUUCCACUGCAUACUGCAGAAGAAGGUGCGCAAAGAGUACGGCAAAUGUCUGCGCACCCACUGCUGCAGCGGCAAGAGCGUCGAGACGUCCAUCUCCUCGUCCAGCAAGACGACCACGUCGCGGAUCCCGGGCCGCUACUCCACAGGCUCACAGGUGAGCUUACCUGCCUGCACACCCGGACGCUACAGCACAGCAGACUCUCAGAGUCGAAUCAGGCGGAUGUGGAACGACACUGUGAGGAAACAGGAGUCUUCCUUCAUCACUGGAGACAUCAACAGCUCCGCCACGCUCAACAGAGGAGCCAUGGCUAAUCAUCUUAUAACUAAUGCUCUCCUUCGUCCCCAUGGUACUAACAAUCCUUAUAACACUCUCCUGGGGGAUUCUGCAGUCUAUAACAACCCGGCCGUGGGCAUGUACAACACUCAAGCACCUUACCGAGACACAAAGGGCAUCCUGAACAACGCCAGAGACUCCAGCGUCAUGGACACCCUCCCUCUUAACGGUAACCACGCCAACAACUACAGCAUGGCCAGCAGCGAGUACUUGAGCGACUGCGUGCAGAUUCUGGACCGCAGCGGGGGCUACGGCACCCACGGCAACCACAAGGAGACGACGCUGGAGAAGAAGAUCCUCAAGGAGCUGACCUCCAAUUACAUCCCGUCUUACCUCAACAACCACGAGAGGGCCACCACGGAGCGCAAUCACAACCUGAUGAACAAGCUGGUCAACAGCAGCAUGGCCAAUGGAGGGAGCAUGGCAGGAGGCAGCAGCAGCAGCAGCAGCAGUGGAGUGAGCGGAUGCGUCGGCAGCGGCAAAGAGGACAACGGUCCCAUGGUGCUGGACAACCCGGCGGCGUUCCCGCAUGAGGAGAACCUCGGCCUGGAGAUCAUCAGGGAGGAGUCCAACGCCCCGCUCCUGCCUCCGCGGCCUCCUCCGCCAGACAGCCACCCGCCUCCGCCGCCUCCGCCCCACAGCUUCUCGCGGCCGAGGCGCAUCCCCCAGGAGACCAGCGAGAGCUUCUUCCCCCUGCUGACCAACGAGCACACCGACGAGCACACGCACUCGCCCAACCACAGAGACUCGCUGUACACCAGCAUGCCCGUGCUGACGGACCUCCCCGACGGCCAGAUGAACGGUUUAACGGACGGAGAGGAAGAGAGCUCGGGCGAGCUGCAGCCGUGUAAGAGCGCCACCGCCCCCGAGCUGGACGACGUCUAUUACAAGAGCAUGCCAAACCUGGGCUCCAGGAAUCACCUCCACGAGCUGCAGAGCUACUACCACAUGGGCCGGGGCGGCAGCGAUGGAUACAUGGUGUCCGGCAGCAAGGACGAGUCGGAUUCGUCGCCCGAGGAGCCGCCCAUAGACCCUUCCCACCUGGUCACGAGUCUAUAGAGCCAAUCAAGAGACUUCUAUCCCUCCCCCAGCCCACCUCUCACAUCUCCAACUCUCCAAUGAAAAACAUUCUGUGUCGCUGACUGACCGUGUGAGCUGGCCCCCCGGGCGCUGGGUUGAUGUAAUGUUUUUUUGGACAUUAACUAUGAUUCUAUGACAAUAAUGUAAGAGAUGUCGCUGGUCAAAUGGGAGCAGGAGCUGAAUGUAUUGUCAUAAAUGGUGCGGAGUGAAAGGGGCCGACCUGAGAGAAAGUGAACUUUGAACCCUGAGAAGGAGAGGACGAGGGAGGGAUUCUGUAAUUUUUCGCCCCACCUGUUACUUUAAUUAGGAUUCUUGGACGGACAGAAGCCCUUUCAAGUUCCUCAGUAUGGACCUCUAGCAGAUCAUAGCAUAUAGCCUCCACUACCACCAACCACCACAGGGAAGCUGCCCCCCCACCGACCCCCCUUGACCCCUGACCCCCGGUACAGGAGCUGCUUGUUUGUCCGUCUCACUCUUAAAGACACCUAUACAGGGAUAAUAUUUCCUUCUCUGGUGGUCACUACAUUAAACUGGCCGUAAAGAGGCCCCGCCCCCACUACCUGCCAAUCAAGUGGAGGAUGUAUGAUAUAUGCCCUUCACUACGGAUCAUCCCAAACAACUUUUUUUUAAACCCUGGGCAACCGAAAACUGUAACCAUACCACGCUGAUGUUUCUGAAUUCUCUACCUGGUCGUUCUCUGCUCAAACUGGAGUUGUGUGUGGGUUUGUGUAACAUUCCUGCGAGUUGUAGUGACUGCGGCUACUGUGUUAUUUCACUGAAAACAAAGACGGACGAUCAUAUUACUACAGAAAAAAAACAACAAAAAAAAAAAAACAAUGAGUUUUUUCUUCUGCAAAAACGUUUUUGGGGUUCUGGAAGGAUUCAGAAGAAAUCACAAACUGUUUCUAUGUAUUGUACAGAAUACAGAAUACAGAAUACAAAUGUUGCAUAUGACCAAGUCUUUACUUUUCUUUUUUCUUUUUCUUUUUUGAGUUUUGAGUUGCAAACCUUUUUGUCUGUGGAACUGUUCCGAUGUGUCCAUGAUGUGUUCUGGUCACGUGUAGACCGCAGGACGACGAGCAAAGAACAAUCUUUCAUGUCACUUCUUUUUCGUAAUUAAAGAGACAGUAACGCACUCCAUCAUUUCAAACGCAUUUACCCUCAGCACACCUCGUCCCGCUCCUUUUUAUAGCAAACGUCACUGGCACUUACAUUUUGCAGAUCAGUUGUUACUAUAUACUUUUUUUUUUACCACUGUGUAGAUUGAAAAAAAAUAAAAAAGGGGAAAGUAAAAGUGGCAAAGUUGUGGAAGAGACGGUAUCUUUUAGAAAAGACUCGCACUCCUGUCUGAGUCUCUGCUGGCGGCGGGUCUCAUCUCAUGCAUUCUUGAUAAAGCAUUUUCUUUCCUUUAGGCACAACGCUGCUUUAUGAAGCAUAUUCUCUCUAUUGCCAAAUAUUCUACAAAUUGACAUUACCUUGCUGUGCUGGUCCAGAUCUUAUUGUAAAGAGGGAGAAAAAAAGAAUAAAUAUAAUUCUCUUAACUUUAAAAAAAAAAAAAAAAAAAAAAAAGAGCGGGUUUCACUCGUGAAGUUCCCCGAGUGCACCGUGUCUGUGUAAAGAUGUGAGCACACAUCAGCACUGUCCAAUGUGGAAAGCCAAUGUUUACUUAUUUAGGAGAAAGAUUUUUUAUAAGUGUAUGAAGUGUAGCUUGCACAUGUAUCCCACAAGCCCCUCCUCCCUCCCUCCCUCCUCCUCCUCCUCCUCCAUGCCCCCCAGAGAGAAAUUAUUUAUUUAUCUGUUUAUUGGUUCUAAAGACAGCGAAAACAAGCUGAGAGGAAAGAAGGCCGGCUGUAGGCGGGAGGACAUCAAGUGGCACUGGGUUUGUUUUCUGGUUCCAUUUUUUUAAAUUAUUAUGAUCAUGAUUAUUCUUACGAUAUUAUUGAUAAUUAUUUAUUCUUUUUGUAUGGGUUCCAAGUUGAAUGAUCUCAUAACUAAUAUUUGUUGUAACAGUGAAAGUUGUUUGCCAACAAAUAAAUUACUGACAUAG